AUGUCGAAACGCGUCCACUUCGCUACAACCAACAUAACCUAUCAGCCAGGCUAUGAGUCCAGCCCUUCACCAACUUCUUCCUCUUCUUCCCUGCCUUCAGACUCGUCCUCGUCGUCAUCAGAGCUCUUGACACCACCCCCAAUUGAUGAAGAUGACCGCCAGUCAGCUUACCCACGCACGCCUUUUGCGAAGGAACUCGACCUUUACCCAGAAGUUGUGACACCAGGACCGACAACCCAAAUGCAGAUCCACUUCCUGCUGGCAUUCACUCCCUACUCAAAGCCUGCUUUCUACCAUAACCUUGCCUUUCCACUUUCAAGCGUUGAGAACAAAUAUCCCCCUCGUGCCUUCUCCGAGCCCGCAACUUCACCUCCGCUACCCUCACUCACUAUAUUCCACCCACGUAUCAAGCAGGAAAUCAUUGUAAACCCCAACCCACCUGUUGCCGGCUCCUUCGUCUCUGUCCGAGACGUUUUGGUGAAGCUUUACAUGGAACUGAGGCUCGCCAUCCACCCAUCCGAAUACGCAGCUGUUCCGAAGGAGGAGAGGAGGUUUGUGGAUGAUGCAUACUGGCGUCGAUGCCGCAAAAUACGAAACGAGGCCGACAGAAUUCAAGAAGAACAGAAGGGCAUCAAAAGAAUCGACCUUCUCAUGGGACAGACUCGAUUUACCGGGCUGUCUGGAACGCUGCGUGCCCCAGAUAUUUGGGAGCUCAACGUCGGAUUGCCGUAG